UCUUGUUGUUGUUGUUGUUGUUGUUCUUUCUCUUCUCCGCGCAUGAAAGCAUCUCCAAGAAUAGCCACUGGGUCAAACAUCGUCUAACGGAUCGACUAUGGAAAGACCCUCCUUCCAGUCCCUGCAGGCACAUUAUGCUUCCCGCUUGAAACAGUUCCAAACAUCAGAUCGGAACUUUGAAGUUCUGGCCUCCGUCUCACCCGACGACCAUGACCCUGCUUCCAGUCCCGACGUCUUGUACGUGCUUGACUCCUCUUUCAAUCCACCGACGCUCGCACACCGUCGGAUUGCCUGCUCGGCUCUUUUAGAGGACACCAGCUGUGCUCCGCGGCUCCUCUUGCUAUUGGCGACGCAGAAUGCGGACAAACCAUCUAAGCCCGCUUCUUUCGAGGACCGCCUAACCAUGAUGGACUUGUUCGCUCGCGACCUUCUUUCGCAUUUACCGUCUGCAAGUCCUCCAGGCACUCGCCAGACCCUUCCAGUAAUAGAUAUUGCCGUCACAAAAAAGCCAUACUUUGUGGAUAAGGCGGCGGAAAUAGAGCGGGCGGGGGUAUACCCCCACUCGCUGGAACAAGUCCAUCUUACGGGCUACGAUACCUUGAUUCGCAUCUUCGAUCCCAAGUACUAUCCCCCACAGCACACCCUGCAGUCGCUGGAGCCCUUCCUGUCCCAGCAUCGGUUACGGGUGACCUUGCGCCCUGAUAGCAGCUGGGGCAGUCGGGACGAGCAGGAGGCCUUUCUGCGGGACUUGGCGGAGGGAAGGAAAGAUGACAUAGGCGGUAAGCGGGAAUGGGCCCAGCGAAUCCAGCUGGUGGAGGGACGGAAACCGGGGGCACCAUCGGUGAGCUCAACCAGGGCCCGAGAAGCAGUCGCCGCAAACCCCCAGGAUCUGGACUGGCUGGUCCCGUCGAGCAUACAGGAGAUGAUUCUGUCGGAACGACUCUACGCGAACUAAUCGACAGCGGCCUGACUGGUCAAGCGCAUACCCGCUGCUUCGCGCGAUUGCGGUCCGCCAGUCGCAACCAUUGUAAAUCUUUUUUCAUACCACGUAUACACAUAGACAGCGCAUUUCAACAUUCUGUAUGCCAGAAACCAAUUUGCU